UUCGGUUGACGUCAACAAAACUUUGUUGCGUGUGAAGUAAUAUUUGCACUAGUGCGCAGACGGUUUUCAUGAAGUCGGCUAUUUUUAACCCUCGGGGUAAUAGACGCUGCAACCAAGUCUACAUAUCAGUCCAUGAAGAGAUUGGUCAGGCAGCGCUGCGCCCCCCAACAGGUUUGUUUAAGAAGCCGAAUACGAGGAAGAUGGAACAGGGAAGACGGCGACAUCAUCUCGCAUCUGUUAUGAGCUUUCAUUCGAGGGUGAGAGAGAGUGGAAACUCAGGAGAUUUAGAAAUUAAUUCGCCUGAGAAGCCGGAGUUGUGCCUCGGGCUCCACGUCAGUGUUUACUGCGCUGUGAGGAGCGGCCAGGAUUCACUUGGUGGAAGAUGGCAUGCUUGAUUACCUCAGCAUCGCUGUUUCACUGCCAGGUCUAGAAAAAAACAGAUUUAUAAAAAGAAGUGUAUUAAAUUGUCG